AUGACUGCUGACAUGUGUGGAAUGACAAACACGGAGUUUACAAAGGUUGUGAGAUGAAUGCUGGAGUAGGGAACCUGUCGGGUAAAAGCUGAAGUCCCAUUCUUUGCUGGCUUCUAGUCCGUGUUCCAUUCCCAUUCCAGAGGCAAGAUGGAUGAUAAUGAUGAAGACGUCAUGCCAGAAGACAUGUACAGGGAUGAGUCAGGAUUCGUUGUGACUCCCUUGGUACACGUCGGCGACUUCUUGACGGAGUGCGAGCAAGUUGUGGGAUCAGAAGAGCUCAUGCUGCCUGAGAAGAUUCAGAAGUCCACCGGGGAGAUGGCAGAGAUGAUGGAGACAACGGCAGAGGUGGUUGAGGAACUGGAGAAAGUCUGUAGUCCUGAAAUGCUGCACUCUCCAGCUGAGGAUGAUCAUCCACUUGACAUAGGGUGCUCUUUAGGCACAUCGAAAGGCAUACCGGAAGGAGCAGAACACCUAAAAACAUUACAGUUACGACACAAAAAAUACGGAAAGAUGGACAAGCGAUAUAGAAAGACCGACGUUUCUCGCGAUUGCUUCAAUGCCGCCAUUGAUGAUGAGGAAGAAAUCUGUGUCAAAAAGCCCACGGCCGUCCUCUCUGUCACAUUUUUCAGAGCUUCACAAGCGAUUCAUCAAUCGAAUGUUUACAGGCCCCAUUUCGUCGACCGAGCGAUCCUUGUGAUGGCCGACCAGAAACUCACGGCUCUGCGGGACAAGAUCAUCUGUGCAGCGGACCUGUGCGUGGCAUCGGGGGAGUACAGCCAGGUCCCCGACGCUCCCCAGGAACCCAAGCAGCAAGACCUCUACAAGUCCUCCUACUUUGUGAUCGAAGACACCUUCUACAAUGACCACCGUGACCCUCUCAGCCGAGAUUUGAGCAAGGUUGUCCUAGACUGGAUGAAACCCAAGAAGACAAUGCAGUCCAAGUCUAUGGAUGACUUCACAUUUAAUGACCUCGACAUCCGUCUUGGCUAUCCCUACCUGUACAACCAUCUCGGGAACUGUCAACACAUCAUGGUGUUUACCGAUCUCAGGUUACUGACCAACACUGACUGUCAAGAUCCCAGUAUGUACCCAGUACUGAUUCACAAACCAGGCUGGAAACGUGUCAUCUGUACCUGCUGUAAUAUUUAUACUUCCAAGUGGAAAACAUACGCAGACAGCUUCUCCAACGUGGAUCCGAGCUUCUACUGCGAGAAGUGCUUCAAGAUGCUCCACUAUGACAAGCACGACAACAAAUUGGGUUCCUUCACUGCCUACCCCUUUGUAGACCCUGGGAUAUUCAGCUAACCAGAGUUGGUUGACCAAUACAGUGGGCAGGACAAAGAAGAGGCGAUGAGUUUUUGUGCAGGAAUCAUUGUGUUGCCUAUUCAGGAUAGCGAAGUGCAUGAGGACAAUGUUGUUCUCUUGUGUACCUGUGAUGUGGUUAACAUCAACUUCAGGACAUAUGCUGCAGUGUGCAAAACCAAUUUUUCAAAUCUGCAGCUCAUAUAUACUGCGCUCACAGACAGAAAUAUGCAAACAUUGUGAGUAGCUUACCACAUGAUCAGUGCACAUUGAUACGUUCUGUGGAUGCAUGUCAUUUGCAUGCCGAACUGUUAGCCCUAGGUCAGCAGUAAGACAAUAACCUGUCGAAGGAGAGCUGAAGGAAACUAGCCUUCAGCAGGAUGGGCUGAAAAAACGAAGCCAGUCACAUCGCAAAAACCAUGAGUGUAUUCAUUUCAUGGUAACCAAUGCAAGCAGUGGAACCAAACUUGACAACUCAGUGUUGUAGUCAAGUACAUUUUAAUGAGCACGAGUACUUCGCCUUAAGUAUAAGAACAAUGAUAUUUUUUUCUUCACGAGUGGGAGUAAAUUUCCAUGAAGUAUGGAUAUGAGUACUUUCCAUGGGUUCAAACAUUUCGAUGUUUUCAUUGGCUUUUUGUUGUCAAAGUAGGCAUUAAACGAAUGAAAAAGCCUCCCAAACGGUAAAAACUGGUUCUUUUCUUGAAUGUACCUCUUAACCCUUUCAUUACCACAU